GACUCCCUUGCUGAUCGGAUCAGCGAAUUCGGAUUUAGAAUGCAUGGCUCUACAGAUGAUGAAUACGAAGAUGAUGAGGACGGUGAAGAUUAUCUCGAUGAUGACAUCGUGAUUCCUGACAUCGUUCCUGACAUCUCUGUCGCCUCAGUUCUUUUGGUACCUGUCGCCACUCCUCCAUCCUCAUCUUCAUCAUCUCCUGCGCAUCUUGUAUCGAGCUCCGGGCUCACCACUUCUUCGAUGCCUACAUGUUCUAGUCCAGACCCUAACUCAGCCAAAAGUACCGCUUGCAUCUUCAAUGACACGGGAGCCAGUGCAAGCAGCAGGCCACUUCCAGUUCCAGAAGCAGCUGAAGUGCCCAGCCAAUCUCGGCUACCUGAUACCGAUAGAUUACCAUUAACAUCCUCCUUGGCACCACCCUUAGUAAUUACUGACGCAUCUGCUUCUAGCUCCAGCCUCCAGCCGGCCCAAGGAGUAAACAGUGAUAGUGGCGGAAGUGGAAGUAGUGCCGGAAGUCGUGACAGUCACAUGGUAACCAGUAGUGUAAGUUUGCUCUCCCGCCGCAAACCAUUGGGUAAACCAACUCAGCAAGCAACUCCACUUUCAGCCGAAACACAAUCUACGGCCGCAUCAGGACUGCAACAAUUAGCGAUAGAUAAGCUACCGGCUAAGUCAAAGGCUAAAGAGAGAGAAAGAGACAAAGAGAAAGAAAAGGAAAAACACAGAAAAGAAAAAGAAAAAAGGAAGGAAAAAAAGGCGAAGAAGGCGAAAGAGAAAAUGAUGGAGGUUAUUGCUAAUAGUAAACCGAUCAAACAAGAAAGCAAACCUAAUGAGCAGGAGAACGGUUUUUCCGGUGGCGAAGAUCAUUGGAUACUCACCAAAAAGUCUUCGCGGCAAGAAAAAGUUUCUCCGGGGGCUGGAAUAGUUGAUUUUAAAAAGAUUUCUUCUUCCGAUGAUAAUGGUGCUCGACUUAAGCUUCACUGUUCGAAUUCGUCUGCACCAUCUGUAACAGCAUCAUCUGAGGUUCCAGCCGGUAGGAAUUCUGGAAAGGAACGUAGCAGUCGUAUUGGAGGGCAUCCACUGCUACCUUCUCGUAUCAUCCGACGUAAACAACCGGUUUCUGUCUUAGCUACUCCAUUAACUGAUCGACCUUCUCUACAAGGAAGCCCAAAUUCCGCUUGUGUCAGUCAAUCUCGAGGGAUAGCACCUACUUUGGUCACGUUGGCUGAUGCUGAUUCGACCACAUCUACCACGACCGCACCCGUUUGUACAUCCACUUCUGAGAAUGCGCCUUCGAGUCUUCUUAAUGCUGCUGAUUUUACUUCCAAUUCUUCGUUUUCUGAGUCACAGCUUACUAAUGAUGCCCUUGCAAACUUUUAUCCUGAUAAAAGUGGGCAGUAA